AUGCGCGAAUUCAAUGCAGUCGUCUUGGGAGCUGGGGGCGUUGGUAAAUCAGCUCUCACAUGCCGUUUUAUCAGAGACGUCUUUGUAGACACUUAUGAUCCAACUAUCGAGGAGGAAUACAGCCGCGAGUUUAACGUCGAUGGCGAAUGGACUAAGCUCGAGGUACUAGAUACAGCAGGUGCAGAGCAGUUCACUGCGUUCAACGAGAUGUACAUCAAGUCCGGGAUGGCAUUCAUCUUGGUCUUCAGUUUGACACAGAGAACCACCCUUCGCGAGGUUGACCACCUCCGACAACAAAUAUACCGAAUCAAAGGCGCCAAUUCGAACGUCCCCAUCGUAGUCGUGGGCACAAAGUCAGACUUGACUGCGGAGCGCGACGUAGAUCGUGAGCUCAUCGCAGCGACGGCCGAGCGCUGGGGACUCCCCUUCUACGAAACCUCCGCAAAGAGGAACUGGCAUGUCAAUGACGUGUUCGAAGAUCUCAUCCGCCAGAUGCGUGAGCGCUACCCAGUGCACCCGAGGCGGAAACGUGAGCGUUGUAUAAUUAUGUGA